UUUCUUUAUUUAGUUUUCUCAGGAUCCAAACACAUACUCUACUUCACAGUCUCUUCCUCAGCGAUCCGAAUAGGUUAUAUCAAUGGCUCUUCGGCGAGCUUCAUCGACUUUCUUCAACAAACUCGUUCACUCUACGACACGCCAAUCUGUCCACAACAACGUUGCUCCUCAUCGCAGUUUCUCCUCCGAUUUCGUUGGAAGUGGUACUCAUAGUUUGCGUGAGAGCAUGAUGAACCAGAUGCUUCAUCUUGAUAUAAAUUCACAAAUUGGGAGUUGUAUGCCGCUUGCGGCUAUGCGUAUUGGAACAAUGAUCCACAACAUUGAGGUCAACCCGGGUCAAGGUGGCAAGCUAGUUCGAGCUGCGGGAACCUGCGCAAAGAUCUUGAAAGAGCCGACGUCUAGAUACUGUUUAAUUAAACUGCCUUCAGGUGCUGAGAAGUUGAUUGAUUCUCGGUGUCGGGCCACAAUUGGUAUGGUGUCAAACCCAAGUCAUGGGGCUCGAAAGCUCAGGAAGGCUGGGCAGAGCCGGUGGUUGGGUCGAAGACCAGUAGUUAGAGGAGUGGCUAUGAAUCCGGUUGAUCAUCCUCAUGGUGGAGGUGAGGGUCGAAGCAAGAGUAGUGGGAAUCAUGGAAGGUGUUCUCUUACUCCUUGGGGCAAGCCAUGUAAGUCUGGGUACAAGACUGGACCCUUGAAGCGCAGAAAGUAGUGUCAAAACAUUUUCUUUGUUUUGAUACCCUACAAUGGAAUCUAGUUUUUCUUUUCAUGCUUCACAGAUGCGAUUAAUAUUUGCACACACUCUGACCAAUUAGACUGUUUUAGGAAAUGUUUAAAUUUCCUUUCAAGUGAAGUCUGUUUGUGGAUUUAGUUGCUUAUUGUUCAAUUUUGAUGGUUUUUUAGAUGAAUGUCAUCGCCUUGCCAUAAGAAUUUGAAGUCUAUUCUGUUAUCUAAAAUAAUUGAAUGAGUUUUGCAUUGCUAUAAUUUCUAUUGGCCA